UGACAUGUACAGUCUGUGUACCUGAAGUCUGCUAAUCCUUUAAGCCAGUAAAUGCAGGCCACAGAGACACUGAGACAAAGGACAGGAAUUAAAUAUUGUGUGGGUGUGCGGAGCAUUUACCCUCCCUGUUUGCACUGUAGUGAUUCAGAAUUCAGCUAAAGGACAGCUUACGACCAAGCUCAUUCAAACACAAGCCAUCUAGCAACAGAUAGCUCAGUGCACGUUAGCCAUUGACAGACUUGGCUGUGACUGUGGGAGGUAGCUAAACCAAAAACAUGUCUGACAAAUUGAUUGAUUUUGAAGACACUGCAACCCGCACAGGUCCAAAAGGAGUCAUCAGUGACUGGAGGAGGUUUAAGCUAGAAAGUAUGGAGCAGGAAAACCUGGCACCUGCAAAAAGGGAACUCCUGAGGCAGAUUUCCUCCCCUAACAGGAUGAAAGAUGACUCCAGAGCAAACCUUAACCGCAAGGUACAGUACAGCUCNNNNGAACUUCUUAAGGAGGAGGAUGAGGGAUGUCUCAAGAAAUACAGGCGGCGGUGCAUGCGGGAGAUGCAUGACAAGCUGAGCUUUGGGCCCAAGUUUGAAGGUGUACAUGACCUGGACAAUGGAGAGGCCUUUCUAGAAGUCAUCGAAAAGGAGCAUUGCAGCACAGUGGUGGUUGUCCACAUAUACAAGGUUGGAGUCAAAGGUUGUGAGGAGCUUAACAAUUGUCUUGAUUGCCUGGCCACUGAGUACCCCACUGUAAAGUUCUGCAGGAUUGAUGCUGUUGCAUCUGGCGCUGCUGAACGUUUUUCAGAUGACGUUUUGCCUACGCUGCUGUUGUACAAAGCUGGAGAACUAAUAGGAAACUUCCUGGCCUGUAUGCGGCAUCUAAACGAGGAGUUUUUCGCAACCGAUGUGGAGGCUUUUCUCAACAGCUACGGCCUCUUGCCAGAGAAAGACCUGCCAGGACUGGAAGAUGAAGAAGAAAACGAUGUAGAAUAAACACAGAGUUUGGCUGCUGAGGAAGAAAGGAAGCUGUCUCAGAAGGCUGGAGUGGACAAGUUAUUCCUUUGGGCUUAAUAGAAAAAAGCAUUUGAUUGAAUUGAUCUGUACACGUUAUUUAUAAAUCCAAGGAAAAUACAUUGUGAUGUCCCCAAAUAUACAAAACGCAUGUACACUUAAGGUCUUUAUGAUUUUGGCCAAAAAAAAAAAAAAAGAUAUUUGAGGAACUAAGCAGAAAAGGGACUUAAGAGGCCAAAGCAGUCUGGAUGUGGAAACAUUUUUGUGUAAAUAUGUCUGAUCCUUGCAUCUUAAGCCAGUGUGAUGGGAGGUGCAUAUUGUGUAAAAACAUUCACACAUGUACCUCUGGUACAUUAACAUUAAUCAGUGAAAUGAAACAGACAAAAAAGGGGGUUACUUUUUGUGGUAGUAAUAUGAAUCAGCCUACAAGUCCUUGACUUGACACAAUGGUCAAUAUCAUUGUCAUCAUUUAAUUUUGCUAGGGAUUUGGUUAUUACUUCAAACUGU